GAAGAGCGGCUCACAGCAGCUUUGCCUGAAUUGUGAGUGGCUUACGACACUCAGUGAACACAAGGCGCUUCUGCAUGCGUUGCUAGCGCACCAGUCUGCUGUAUUUCGUGGAAGGAGCUGUCCGUGCUUCUAAGCAUCACUAUACAGCAGAAUUAGAUUUACACAAACAAUUAUACAGAAAUACAGAUUGAAAAUAAAAAUAAAAAAAAAAAACAUUAAAGGGAAAUUUAAAGGAAACAAGAAUUACGGACAAGAGGUAAUAAAAAAAAGGAAAGGAAAAAGCCUGCCUCGUUUUCUCAGCCGGACACUGAAUGAAUAAUGAUCAGUCUCGGAGGAUUAAAGGUCGCCCUGGUCACUGGUCACUUCAAGUGAUGGACAGUAAUUUGUGUUGACAGAUCGGAGGAGUCAUUAGCAAAAAGAGUUUGGAAGGCUUUCUUUCUUUCAGUCUUUUUUUUUCCUCCUUUCUUUCCCCCCUUUCUGACCAUCUCAGCGUUCACUGCAGAGAAACGGCAGACAGCGGAUAAAGCUCAUGCAUACAGCAAGGGAAACUUGCAGCUCCUACAAGUCAGCUGAAAGCGACUUGGAAUCCUCUUUUUGGCUCUUUCACUUGAAGAGAACUAAGACAUUGUAAGCUUGCCAGAUUUUUUUUUCCUCCUUGAACUGAAAAGGAGACUGAAUUUGUACCACAGUGGGGUCUUUUUUAGAUUCGCACAUAAUUAGACUCAACACAAAGACAGCAGCUGAAUAGAGGUUGUCACUCUCUGGAUAAGGGACUCCUCCUUGCUAUAAGAAGCACGGAGUGCGUUUUUUGGAUGCGUGUUCAUACAAAAUGAUGUAGAAUAUCAAAGGUUCAAUGGACUUUUUCUCUGAAUUCUUUUGGAAUAUUCAUGCUGAUGGAUUUCCUUCUUAUCGGUCUCUAUCUAAAGUGGCUGCUGAGGAAGCCCCCGGGAUUGAUACUGUGCACGCUGGGCAUUGUUUUAAAAAUGUUCCCCAUUGUGGAGAGUGUAUGUCCCAAGCUUUGCCGGUGCGAUGGCAGGCUAUUAUACUGCGAGUCUCUGAAUCUGACAGACAUGCCUCACAACCUUUCUGGGAUCAUGGGCUUGUCUAUGCGCUACAACAGCCUCACCGAGCUGCGUGACGGACAAUUUGUGGGGCUGGUGCAGCUCACAUGGCUGUACCUGGACCACAAUCACAUCAACUUGGUGGAGGAAAAUGCCUUCCACAAGCUGCGCAGGGUAAAAGAGCUUAUUCUCAGCUCCAACAAGAUAGAGACCCUCCCCAACACCACUUUUAGACCCAUGCCCAACCUGCGUCAUGUGGAUUUAUCGUACAAUAACCUACAGGCAUUGGAGCCAGACCUUUUCCAUGGCCUUAGGAAGCUCACCACACUGCACUUGCGGUCCAAUGCCCUCAAGUUUGUGCCAGUGAGGAUAUUUCAGGACUGCCGUAGCAUGCAGUUUUUGGACUUGGGCUACAACCAGCUGCAGAGCUUGGCUCGUAACUCUUUUGCAGGAUUGUUUAAGCUGACUGAGCUGCACCUAGAGCACAAUGAACUUGUAAAAGUAAACCUUGCUCACUUCCCCAGGCUCAUUUCCCUCAGAACCCUCUACAUGAGUAGGAAUAAAGCAACUAUCAUGGUUAACACUCUUGACUGGACUUGGAAUUUCCUGGAGAAAAUUGACCUUUCGGGAAAUGAGAUCGAAUACAUCGAACCUCAUGUCUUUGAAACGGUGCCUAACCUGAAGGUCCUGCUAAUGGAUUCCAACAGGCUCACUUACAUUGAUCAAAGAAUCUUAGAUUCGUGGACCUCCCUCACCAGCAUUAGCCUGUCUGGAAACAUAUGGGACUGCAGCAGAAAUGUCUGCUCCUUGGCCUCUUGGUUAAGCAACUUCCAAGGCCAGCAUGACAACAGUUUGCUCUGUGCCACUCCUGAGUAUGCACAAGGAGAGGAUGUUCUAGAUGCUGUCUAUGCAUUCCAGCUCUGUGAAGAUUCCACACAUACCAUGACCUACACCAAUACAGUGACCACGACCAAGAAUGACAACAGGGUUCAUAGCAAUGGUGGACCUACUGCCAACCCCUUCAACUUAGGGGAUUUAGAAAAAGAAACGGUGACAGGCAUAUUUACGGUAACCAAUUCGCACGACCAUCAUGAAAACACUAUGCAGAUUCACAAGGUGGUCACAGGGACAAUGGCGCUCAUUUUUUCUUUUCUUAUUGUGGUUUUAAUGCUGUAUGUUUCCUGGAAGUGCUUUCCGGCUAGUCUCAGGCACAUGCGGCAGUGCUUCACUUCACAACGACGCAAGCAGAAACAGAAACAGACCAUGCAGCAAAUGGCUGCCAUGUCAGCCCAGGAGUACUAUGUCGAUUACAAACCCAAUCAUAUUGAGGGGGCCCUGGUCAUCAUUAAUGAGUAUGGAUCUUGCUCCUGCCACCAACAGCCAUCAAGAGAGUGCGAAGUGUGACACACAUGUUUGGAAAAUAAAAUGCGCACACUUUGCACUGUAUUGCAUUGGACCGGAAGAGACUGUGAAUUUGGAUUUACUAUUCUCAAAACAACCAUUGAAGGACCUGUUGACUUGACGUAAGUUAGGGGUGGGGGGGUGGAGGGUGGGGAGGUGGAGAAAAGCAACAUGAGCAGGGAGCCUUUCACAAAGAUGGGAGAAUUGAGCUUUAAUGCGUCUUUCAGCUUCAGGAUAUUUCGACACCAAUGGACAGCUGAUCACAGUUUUUCUUAUGGUAAUCCUUCUGUGUAAAACAAGUUAAGCAGAAAUGCAAGAGUGAACAAGAUGCAAGUUAUCCUAUUUCUUUUGUAAACUAAAAUGUUUAAAUAAAAAUGUUAUUUACAGUA